AUGGCGUAUAGUAAAUGCUUCUCUACAAUCUAUGCAAAUCAGUCUCAGACCAAUGUCACUAUUGGGCUUCAGUAUCAGGGGAUACCGGAAAGGGUUUUUUUUUCCACUGUCACUACAGUACCAUGUUUUGUGUUCCUCUUCAUCAAUGGGACCAUGUUAUUCUCUUUGAGGAGUAAACCAGUGUUUCGUGAGACCUCUCGGUACAUUCUUCUGUAUAACCUGCUUUUUGCAGACACUUUAAACUUGGCCCUCAGCCAGUUACUGUACCUAAUCGCUGCUUGUAGAAUAAGGCUGACAUAUCCUGUGUGUGGUAUUCUUGUUAUGCUCUCCAAUGUCACAACUGAAAUCUCUCCUCUCACACUGGUGGUGAUGUCUCUGGAGAGAUAUGUAGCUGUGUGCUACCCACUGAGGCAUGCUACCAUUAUUACCAUCAAAAACACAGGGGUGGCCAUCAUUGUGGUUUGGGCCUUCAGUUCACUAAGUGUUCUCACUCGAGUUCUUUUGUUGCUAAAUUUUCCAUUUGCAGAGCUGGAGAACCUGCAGAUGAAAGACUUUUGUGGAAAAGAAAGCAUGUUACUUGAUCCAAUGUCUGAUAUUUAUGACAGAGCCUACACUUAUUUUCUGUUUGUUUUAGGUGGUGUGACAGUCACUUGUUCCUAUAUCGGUGUGAUGGUAGCAGCCAGGUCAGCCUCUACAGACAAAGCUUCAGCCAAAAAGGCUCGUAACACACUGCUACUGCAUCUGGUGCAGCUGGGCCUCAGUCUCUCGUCGACUAUACAAAACCCAUUUCUCAUAGCUAUCUCAAAGGUCCUAGACAGGAUAAUUAUUGUGCGCAUACAAAUUAUCCUUUAUGUUUGUAUCAUUAUCUUUCCAAGGUGUCUGAGUGCUUUAAUCUAUGGCAUCAGAGAUCAGACCAUCAGACCCGUCCUCAUGUACCAUCUCUGCUGUCAGUGGAAACGCUCACCUUUUUUCUCACACUCCUCAACCAAGGCAAAAAUCAGCAUACUUAUCACUUCAUAG